AAUAUUAGAAAGCAAAAGCGUGAAUGGGUAGAGAAGUGGGUAGGAGGGAGAGGAGAGCAGAGUGGAGGAUGAUAGAGAAGAGGAUGGGAAGCAGCGGAUGGAAGAAGGAGAGCAGGCAGCGGAAGUCGGCGGGUCGCUGCUGGUUGGUUCGGCGCCGGUGGAGGGAGUCAUUCCUGCAGCAGUGCUUCCGGUCGGCAUUUUGUUCUGCGAGAGAGAGAGUCUGUGUGGAUUCUUUUAUGAGCGCCCUGGAGCCUUUCGGUACCGAAUCCUUUCUUCCAUCGUCCGGAGUAAAGUGCGAGCUUCCGCUGGCGCCUGCGAGGAGAAUGACCGUCGCCCGUCCGUCUUCAUGUUUGCAGUGAGAGGAAGCGGUGCGACCCGGAUUAUUGUUGUGAGAGGGACACAGCGAGCCCGAACCCCUCCAUCUUCACCUUUCAACAACAGAGCCUCAGUAAAAGAUGUAAAGGUGGAUCAGUGAGCAGCGACACUGAGCGACCUGUGCAUCCACGCGAGCUCCCUGCCCUUCUUCAGCAUGAAUGGGGAUAUGCCUCAUGUUCCUAUCACCACUCUCGCUGGGAUCGCAAGCCUCACUGACCUGUUAAAUCAGCUGCCUCUCCCUUCCCCUCUACCUGUCACUACCACUAAGAGCCUGCUGUAUAAUGGGAGGAUCGCCGAGGAGGUCAGCUGUCUGCUGUCCCGGCGGGACGACACGCUUGUGUCUCAGCUGGCGCACAGCCUCAACCAGGUGUCCACUGAGCACAUAGAGCUGAAGGACAACUUGGGCAGUGAUGACCCAGAAGGAGAUGUGCCUCUACUGCUGCAGACGGUGCUAUCAAGGAAUCCCAAUCUCUUCAGGGAGAAAAGUACGCCCACCCGAUAUGGGGUUCAGGGCGGUUUAAUGCAACAGCCAAUGUUAUCACCAUACAAGAUGCCUCAGAAUUCAAUGCAUGGAAGUCCGGCAUCAAACUACCAGCAAACCACUAUAACUCCAAGCCCUCCCAGCCGAUAUGUUCAACCUCCGGCAGGUUCUGGUACCAGGUACAUGCCACAGCAGAACAGCCCAGUGCCCAGCCCGUAUGCGCCACAGAGCCCUGCAGGCUACAUGCAGUUCAGCCAUCCACCCAGCUACCCUCAGCACCAACAGAUCCAGCAAGUAUCUGUAUCCAGUCCAAUAGUUCCUGGUGGCAUGAGAAACAUCCAUGACAACAAGGUCUCCUGUCAAGUGUCUGGUAACUCCAACCAUAAUGCAAGGCAUUGCUCCAACGAUGAGUACAUCAGCAUUGUCCAGAGACUUGGAAAUGAUGAGAGUGACCCCGCUAUGAGAAACGCCUCCUUCCCUGUACGCUCCAUAUGCUCUCCUGCUGGAAGUGAAGGGACGCCGAAAGUUGGAUCUCGGCCGCCCCUGAUUCUUCAGUCUCCUCCACCCUACACCUCCCCAAGAGAUGCUGCUUCUGAACCUCCUCUUGGACUCACCUGAACGGAAAAAGAAACAGAAAAAGUUAAUGAAGGAGGAGGGGGGUAAAGGUGCCAUGUAUGACAUUGUCAGCUCACCCACUAAAGACUCCACAAAGCUAACAAUAAA